AUUCGGUCUUUCAAUAAUAUCAGUUGUGUACUAGAGGAAGCAAUAGUGGGUGAUUUUGCCUUAAUUAAGGCUUGGAAGGCUGAUAAACUUGGGAACCUUGUGUUCAAGUUUGCUUUUUGUAAAAAGCACUGUUCUAAGAAACUUUCGUUAAGGAAUACAGCAUUGAACUUUAAUGUUCCUAUGUGUAAAGCCGUUAGGACUACCAUUGUUGAAGUGGAAGAAUUGGUAGAAGUUGGAGAGUUGCGGCCUAACGAAGUACAACGUUUAUUGAUUCAUAUUCCCUCCAUUUACUGCCACCGAAUCAUUGUCGGUAAAGACUACAGGAAACCAAUUGAAAAGUUAGUUCUAAGAGAAACAACUGGUAAACCAAAAACUCCUGCUGCAGCAAUGAGAGAAACAAUUGCGAGAAGAGCAGCACUUGAGUUUAAAAGCGGCAUGUAUGUAAAUGUUGGAGCAGGUGUGCCCUCUCUUGCUGUCGAUCUUUUGCCGAGGGACGUCACAGUGCACGUGCAGAGUGAAAAUGGGGCGAUUGGUAUGGGCCCCCAUCCGCAGAAAGGUGAAGAAAAUGCAGAUAUCAUUAAUGCUGUGAAGGAAACUGUGACAUUACUUCCCGGUGCGGCGGUUUUUGGUACUGAUGAAGCUUUUGCUCAAAUAAGAGGUGGUCAUUUGGACCUUAUAGUUCUUGGAGGCUUGCAGGUUUCGAAGACUGGCGACUUAGCUAGCUGGAUGGUGCCAGUUUCUUCAAAAAAAGUCAUGGGGCUAACAAAAGAGGUUCUUUAUCUUAAAGGAGUUCUUAAAGAGGGUAAAUUGGCUAAAGGUAUAGGCGGAGGCAUGGAUUUAGUCAGUGGAUCAGCGUCCAAGAUUAUUGUCACUAUGGAUCACACGACUAACGGGAAGCCAAAUAUUGUAGACGAGUGUACUCUUCCAAUUACGGGAAAAAAUUGUGUCAACACAAUUAUCACUGAUAUGGCAGUGUUUGAAGUUGACCUUGUCAAUGGGCUGACAUUAACUGAAGUGCGCGAGGAUCUGACUGUUGAAGAUGUUAUAGAGAAUACUGGAUCAGCAUUUAAAGUAUCGCCCAAUUUACAGCCGAUGCGUCAAAUCAAGGUAUGCUGAGA